AUGGAAGGGUCAGACAUAAACAUGGAAGAGCUAAUGGUUGAUGGUGUUUGUCCACCAAAUUACACUCUACAACUUCAACUUUUCGAAGCCACAAGAAAGGGAGAUCUUUCGAAAGUAAGAAGCCUUUGUCAGCUAAACUUGGAUCUAGAUUGUGUUGACAGUUCUGGGAAAACCCUUUUACAGGUUGCUGGAAAUCUGGAAAAUGUGUCUGUUCGAAAAGAAAUUAUGGAACUACUUCUAAGUAGUGGGGCUGACUUGAAAUUCGCGUUACUAAAUGAGGUUCGUGAUAGCAAUGCACAAAUGGUGGAAGUCCUUCUUCAAUUUCACAACCCAGCACUUGGUUCAUCCCUAACAAGAUACGUAAACCCGCUGAUUCCUGCGGCAUGUUUGCAGAAUUUUGAAAUCAUUACAAUGCUGUUGGAAAAUGGAUUCAGCAUUAGUGAUCCAAAAAUUGCUCAGUGGUCUUCAGACUCCAACACUGUGUGCAACGAAAAGUUUGAACCUGCCGUGUACCGUUCUAUCGAAUACCGCGCUCUUGCCAGCCCCAUAUUUAUCGCGGCGUCUUUUCUUCGCGACGUCUACAAUGGUCCCGGUCCCAUUUAUCGCGCGUGCGUCCUGCACAAAGAACUGCGUGAAAUAGCUGAGCAUGAAUACGAGUUAAAGAAUGAGUAUUUUCAGCUCAGUGAUGCCAGUAAAGAGUUUUCGGUGGAUCUUUUGAAAGAAUGCCACACGAUGGAGGAGAUAAGAUGCGUGAUGGAGAUGCAGGACAUACAUGACAGUGUACUGCAUGUAAAUGGGAGUUUAAGCAUGCUUAAGCUCGCCAUAAUUACUGGAAAUGACAAGGUAGGGUCUCCUUCUUUCCACCUUUACAACUGAAAUCAGUCUUUUGGGCUUAAUACUCGCUGUCAGAGUCUUUGUUGGCGAAAAAAUGAGUCGCUAUUACAAAUAGUUUGCAAACAAAAGGUGACAGCACAACCCUUGCAUCAAACUUCUGGUUAAUAGCCUGUUAAGCUUGGUGAAUCAGACGUACCACACUGUGUUAGGCUUUGAAAAUGAAAAGUUAAUUUGAAAGCCGGGCUAAGCCUGGUUUUAAAGAGCUAUCCAGGUAAGCCGGAUUGAAAUUUACGGCCUAUGAAAGUCUGGUGACUCAGGUUUCGACUGGAUCAUCUCAACCAGCUAGAAAUUCUUGGUUAGUCUAUUACCAGACUUUCCUGUUAGGCCUGAUUGAAAUUUAUACCUGGUUGAAUUGAAACCUUAAAAGCUUCGUUAGCCUGGUUGGAAAUGACAAAUCAUAAAUUAACGCAGAGCAAAAGGUAGACCGAGGAUUUAUGAUAAAAUUAAAGCUAUCGGGUGGAGGAGCAAGAGCUUGGCUGAAAAGUACAUGAUUACACGCAGUAGCUUAGCGGUUUUGGUAAACUGAGCUGGAGAAAAAUGACAGUAUGUACACGCUAUGUAAAUACGAAAUAGCCCAACUGCUGACCAAAAACAGAUCCAAAAUAACAAAACUAUCACCCAACAGAUGACAACGGUAAGGAAUUGAACAAUAUCUGUUAGACGACUAAACAUUCCCUUCAGGAUGAUUCUCCCUGAAACUGUUGGAAAAUGUUUUGAAGAAUGACUUUGCAUUGAUCGAGUUAAUACAAGGUUCUAAGUUGAAACAGUUCAGGGGCGGCCAGGAGGGGUAAUGGUAUACCAGUAUACCCGAAAAAAUUCGGCAAAAUACCCCAAAAUACCCAAAAUUCAUCCAAAUAUACCCAAAAUUAUACCCAGGUAUACUUUAUACCUGAAAUUCAAAGAAAGUGAUAUACCCAAUACCCGUAUUUAAGUUGCAAUAUACCGUAUACCCGAUUUAAAAAGCCCCUGUAUACCGUAUACUCAAAAACCCUGGCCGACCCUGACAGUUAGCCUAUUUAGCUUUUUAUGAUAUGAAGAAUUAAUGCACAUCUCGGAAUAUUUUAACCUCAAUCUGCAUAGUUCUUUAGAUGUUCGUCAUUUAAAUAACUGAUUGAGACAGUGAAAUUAAAACUAGCUAAAAGCCUAAGCAAUACGUACUACCAAUAGCUUCAUUGUGUCAUUCAAUGCUUGUUUAUCGUAGUUCUCUUCAAUUUAGUUCAUACGAACAGCUUUUUCAAGCUUACAAUUUUUACGAUCCUCCAUUUCAUAGUUUGUCAGCCAUCCCUUCAGCCAGCUGAUGUUAAACUCAGAGGUCUACAGAAAUGCUUCACUCCUGGAGAAAAGUGCCUGGAAACAAGCUGCGCUUAUACUACUGGCGGCUCUGUCGUAUCCAUUGCUAUUUUUGGUUUGGCUUAUUUUUGACAGCUGUUUUCCAAGUCACAAUCUGGCCAGAAUUUUUCGCUCGCCCUGUGUUAAAUUUCUCAUCCAUUGCGGCUCCUACCAAACGUUUCUUUUCUUGCUAGCUUUUUCUGCGUUUGUUUCGAAGAGCGAGUUUCUGGCCUACGGCAUUACAGGUAAAUGAACUGAGGAGGACCUUAGGAUAAUGACUAAAAUAAAUAAUUAAUUAAAAAAUAUUAUUAAAACAAAAGAGAAUCAGAGAUGUUUUAGAGAGUCGAGUCUCUUUUGGUUAGAUGAAUUCAUUUUUACUAACCAUUUCUCCAUUUCUUUCGAAGAUUGGAUCGUUGUCGCAUACGUUAUUGGACACUUGAUAGACGUCAUCAGAGACGCUUAUCGACAACGGAAAGUUCAUUUCUUCUCUUUCUACUGGAACUUCGUGGCCCUUGCUUUGGUGACGUUACUUGUUCUCCACCACGUCAUUUGGUGGGUAGGUCUAUCAAUUCUUAAAGAACAGCCACCUCCAAUGACAUGGUAA